AUGUCGUCAGAACGUCGUUGGGAUCAACGCCGCUUUCGCCUUGAGGAGUCGACAACUCUCAACAAUGGCAAGCGUACAAUUUUCAUCGAAGCCAUGACUCCGGGCACAACUGUCCCACCUCACUUCCACACCCGAUUCUCAGAGACUUUUGAUCUUAUGGAGGGAUCCAUCUCCGUCUACAAAAGCACUCAACCCGACCUCGAAGUUCUGGAGUCUUCUGCCGAGCCACUCGAGGUUGGAAGGCCCCAGACCGUCCAGCCCAAUUUAUACCACAAGUACUUAGUCAGCGGCGAUGCAGGUGCCGUGUUGCGAGUCGUUCUUGAGCCAGGUGAUGCGGACUUUGAGAGGCUUCUGAAAAUUAUGAAUGGUUUGGAUGCGGAUGGCAAGUUGAAGCAGAUGGGCGAUAGCUUGGUGCUCAUGGCUAUUGUUAUGGAGCUUAGUGAUGCUCAUCUUAUUGGUCCGGCUAAGGCUAUGCUGGAUGGUGUGAGGAAGGAGAAAGAGGAUGAGAUUGCGGCUUUGAGAGCUGAGUUAUUGAAGGCUUAUGACACCGAGGAAGCUUUGCAUGGGCUACUGCAUGGGUGA